AUGGCGGCCACUCAGCAGCUUCGGCCGCUGACGUUUUACGGUCGUGUUCCUAAGGGCACGACCAACGUUGACAUCUGCAAGGAGCUCGUGAAGCGGUUCUCGCCAAGCGAGCUCAAGUGUGUUCAAGACUUUGGCGCCGGCAGAUUUGAAGUUACCUUUGCGACCAUGGCGGCAGUUGAGCGAUUUCUCGACCAGUCUGUCGUCAAGGUUCGCAAUGCGGAAGUUAAGUUCGAGUACCGUGGCAUUCGUGUGAAGACUGUGCGCGUGUUGGGCUAUCCAGCCGAUGCCAGUGACAGCGCGCUCCUUAACGGGUUAGCGGCGUACGGCAAGGUGCUUGGUAUGGACUACGAGCACGUUCCGGAAUUUAAGACUGUCCUCACGGGCAACCGACGCGUACGUGUCGAGAUGGCGCGACCCGUUCCCAACCUCCUUCCGGUGGGGAGCAGGAUCGUCCAGUGCGAGUACGAUGGUGUGGUUCGCCUGUGUCGCAGGUGCUUUUUUCCGGGGCACCACGCGGCUGACUGCAAGGUCCCACAGUGCGAGCGUUGCGCUGAGUUCGGGCAUGCCCGUUGCGAAGCGGUAUGCAAGCGCUGUGGCGACGACCAUGCUUUGUCUGCCUGCAAGGUGACGAGCGGUGCAGCUGAAGGCCAGGAGGCACCUUCGAAGGGUCCCGAGGGCUCCCCCCUGCCAGAGACGGAGCCAGUUCGUGCAGAGGCUCCCGGAGGGGGCGAGCAGGGUACGAGGCCGGAGUUAGCCGAGGCUUCCGACCCUUCCGCCGCCUUGCCGCCGCCGGCCGCUUCCACGGACGUGCCUGCGGCGCCUGCCGGCGUGCCUGCAGUUCCUGCUGACGCGCCUGCAGCCGAGGAGGACCAGGGGGAAACCAUGGAUGCGGAGCCGUGGAGGCUGGUUCGAGGAAAGAAGCGCCGGGCGCGGUCCAGGGACUCUUCUGACGAGCGGCCGGCGGCGGCUGCGGGCGGCGGACCCGGUGGCUCGGAGGAGGGCCUGCCUGGCGUGAAGCGCACCGCAGCGGCGGAUUCGGACUCGGAGUCAACGCAGUCCACCGUCAAGGGCAGUACCGAGGGUGAGACGAGCCUUUUCUCUUCUUCUUGCCCCUACUGCGGUCUAGGCACUUGCGAUGGUGAUUGUUCACCCUUGUCUGACCGAGUGUACUCGUCCACACACGAGGACUCCUCCUCUGACGAGGAGAGUUCUCAGUAGCCUUCCACAGGUAGCUUUCAGUGGGGCUAGUAUUUUUGUGUACUAGCCUUCCCCAUUCUCUCCCCUUUUUUCUUGUUUUCUAGUUCCCCCUAGUCCCUUCUUGUCCCUAGCCUUGUUCCCCCCCCCCCCCUUUUUUCUUUCAUCAUGGCUACUCCUUCUUUAACUAUAGCUACUUUCAAUUGUCGCGGUAUUUCUCGAGCAGCUAAACAAGCUGAGGUUAUUCACUUAGCUCGGUCUCGAAAAAUAGACAUCCUCGUUUUACAGGAAACAUUCGUGUCUAGACUGGGUCAGAUUUACAACUUUGACAGACAGUUUGGCACCAAAU